CUUGGCCAUUGGAGAAAAAACAUGCUUGCACCGCCGGUCACUGGAGCGCCAUGGGCGCCCAACAUGCCGCUGCCUGGCAGCUCAAAAGAAAACAGCCGGGAGUUCCGGCGGAGCCGGAGGCAUCGAACGGCUCUUUGUUUGCUCGGCGGCGCGGUCGCAAGCCACAGGCUUUGUAGCCAAAGAGCUGCAGUGAGGACCAGACGACGAAUCCGAGAACUCGCAGCAGUGCGGACGGAUGAGGCGACGUCGCGCUUCGUCACGUGGAUGGACUCCUCGUCGAUCAAGCGGUCUGCCAAGCUGGAGAUUCUGCCCGACAAAGAAGGAAGAUGUGUGGUUUGCACACAGAGAUUUGACAGAGGCACAAGAAGUUGAAAGAUGCUUUUGGUCAAAACAUUUUGCACUCCGUGCGUUUGUUCUUUUCUAUGAUGACACACUCAUACACAGACACUCAAUGACACAGACAUACUCGUAUUCCUUGUUUUAUUCCUUUGACUUCAGACAUCAGGUUGGAGGCCAUCGCUCUUAGGUUGGAGACUGUCCGGUAUUCGUUUGACUUCAGACCGAAGGUAAGCUCUUGGUUCAACUGCCAGCAGCAGCUGCCAUCUCGGUGGAGAUGUCACCGGAGGCACCGUUAACGCCGGAGCUGAAGGCUUUGGAGCCGUGGUGGAGAAAGCAUCCACGCAGCUCCAUCCGCCUCGCCGCCAAGCUCGUCUUCCAACGCGAGCAGUUCGGGCCUUAUAUCGACAUGCUGUAUCCCUUGGAGCAGAUCUAUGCGCCUUGGCGCUGGAAGGAGCAAGACCUGCAGUUCUUACCACAGAGUUUGGUCUUAAAGGCCCAGGCUCGAAAAGAGGCCUUGGAGGCAGCAUACCAAGACCUGGAACAGGAGGGGCUCUCAGAUGCGAUACCUGAAGAUCUCUUUCUUCGUGCACACCAUGCUGUAGCCUCCCGUGCCUUUGCGGGUGAGGGCGAAGUUCCAAGCAGUAGGGCUGCUGCUUUGGCGGUCGGAGGCCUCUCCAUUUUCGCCGCUGGAUCGGCCGCUGCGCUUGGAGUCACCAGCGUUGAUUUCGCGGCAAUGGCGGGAGCCGCUCUCAUGGCUGCUUCCGGGGCAGUGGUGGUGACGAGCCAGAGCCCUCAGGUUUUAUCUCUUCUUCCAAUGAUCGACCAGGUGAACCAUCGCAGUGGCGCUCCCCCCGACUUGCAGUUUGAUCCGACCAACGGCCUGUGGCAGCUCCGGGCGACCAGAGCGUACGAGCCUGGGGAAGAGAUCGUGUUUAGCUAUGGUGACAAGGACAGUGAUGCCCUGUUACUUCAGCAUGGUUUUGUGGAAGAGGACAAUGGUGCUGACCAGCUGCGGCUGAUGGUCCCGGAGGCUGGCAGCUUUGGCCUCUCAGCUGAGGUGAAGUCUGAGCUGGCUGAAGCGGGGAUCGAGGAGCUAUGCUUCGAUGGAUCUUUGGAGAAGCUUCCAGUGUCGAAGCGCAGCUUGACGGAGGUGGUCGAAGCUACCCUGCGAUGUGCUGCGGGUGACUGCCGAAGGUCCGAGGAUGCCAAGGUUGCACAAGAAGUGUCAUCUCCUGGCAUUGGGCGAGUGCUGCUAUGCUGGCGUGGGGAGCGACGCAAGCUUCUCAAAGCAGCCGCCACACAGUGGCAGGUGGAAGAUCUAAUCGCUGAGAUAGAGGACUGAUCUUUCUUGGCAACUCGGUUCUGGUG